AUGAUGGACAACAGCAAUGCAGAAGCAGCUAUUGCCCCAGUAGCGAUUUUCAAGAAACGUGGCGCAAAGGCGAACCUUCGAAAGCGGCGAGCGACGCCGCCACCGAACAGUGAUAGCGACUCCGACUACACCUCGUCAGAGGAUGAGGCUGGGCGCAAGAUCAAGCGCAGGAAGAAGAACACUGGCACAGUCACCGCUUCGUCGAAGAACUAUGCGUCCGGCGACCAAAAUCUCUCGACGACUGUUUUCGAGGCGGAUCGCAGCAUCCCGAUAACGAAUUCCAAUGAUGCGACCAAGCAGAGCAACUGGUUUGACGAGGGCGCCGACGGCGCUCUCUCGGCCAAAAACCUCCUUGGAUCAACGAGAGCCCUGCCAAAGGAACCCCAGACAUCUGAUGGCACGUAUAAGGGUCUAGCAAACCAAACGUCAUUCAUCCAGAAGAACCCAGAUGCCCCCAACAGAUCGGUCGGACCUGUCAAGGCGCCCACAAAUAUUCGAACGAUCACCGUCACAGAUUUCGCCCCUGAUGUUUGCAAAGACUAUAAACAAACCGGUUUCUGCGGAUUCGGUGACAAUUGCAAGUACUUGCACGCUCGCGAGGAUUUCAAGCAAGGGUGGCAACUAGAUAAGGAGUGGGAGACUGUCACGAAGGGCAAGAAGAACCUUGGAGGCACAAUCGUCGCCAGUGCCGACAGGAGCAAGGGACAAAACGAUGACGACGACGAGGAAGAUGAUAUGCUGGAUAACAUUCCAUUCGCCUGCAUAAUAUGCAAGGGUCCAUACAGAGCCCCGAUCAUCACUCGCUGUGGCCACUACUUCUGCGAGCCAUGCGCACUGAAGCGGUAUCGAAAGGACCCCAGCUGUGCAGCGUGUGGAGCAGGGACAAAUGGCGUCUUCAACUCAGCUAAGCGUCUACAGAAGCUGCUCGACAAGAAGCGAGAGAGAGCAGCUAAGAAGCGGCAAGCAGCUAUUGACGCUGGUGAGGAGGUCAGUGAUGAAGAAGAGGAGGAGGAGUAG